AUGGAAUUCAAUGGUGGACGUGCUUUUUACUGCACUUGGAAGCAAUGUAUCAAGGGUUUCAGCCGCAAAGCGGACCUGCUCAGGCAUCGCCGGAUACACACCAACGAACGGCCGUAUCUCUGCACCUUCAACGACUGCAAUAAACGUUUUACCCAGAAAAGUUCAUGGAAGGUACAUUUGCGGACACAUACGGGGGAGAAGCCUUAUGUGUGUGAACACGGUGGGUGCCACAAAGCCUUUUCUGACUCAUCAAGUCUUGCCCGUCAUCGCAGGAUUCAUACAAGCGAUAGGCCAUUUAUCUGUCCGGAGCCAACAUGCAAGAAAACAUUCUGCCGCAAGGAGACUUUAACCAAACAUCAGCAACGGUCACACCCCCCAAAACCCGUGAAUACAUUCCUUUCAGACAGCUUGCUCUCGGAUCGCCCAUUCUGUGGUCAAAUGGCUGUUCCGGUCUCAAUUGAAAAUUAUCUCUUGGCCCAACAGCCCUCAAAUACUCAGACGACGUCACCAGUUCAUGAUGUUGAUACCGACCAAAGCCUGCACGUAACGUCAGUGCCCGUACAAUAUCCAGGCCCGAUAUUAGCGCAACACACAAUAGAUACAUUACCGGUCGACAUACAGCAUGCUCAAGAACACUACAUGAAACUAGUGCAGCAACAACUGUUGCAUGAUCCUAGCCGCCAGGGCUACUUACCACCGGAGCUUCCGCAACCCUGCUUUAGUCUUUCGACGGCGAGAUACUAUUCGUCCAUCUUCACCGACACUCAAAGUGACUACAACGCGUCAGCCCAGCUUCUAAACCAGCCUCAAGGGGUGGACUGGGGAUCUUCCUGGAUAUGGAAUAAUGAGCCGUCAAAUUCAUUUGACAACGACUGCUUCAGGCCAGCAGCCUUUUAUGACUCCCAUUCUAGCCAGGUACCUCCUCCGCUGCCGUUUCCUUUCUAUUAA